AUGACCAUCUUUGAAAAUGUCACCCGAGCCCUGGCCAGACAGCUAAACCCUAGAGGGGACCUGACGCCCCUUGACAGCCUCAUAGACUUCAAGCGCUUCCAUCCGUUCUGCCUGGUGCUAAGGAAGAGGAAGAGCACACUCUUCUGGGGUGCCCGGUAUGUCCGCACAGACUACACCCUCCUGGACGUUCUAGAAGCUGGCAGCUCGCCUGCAGAUCCGACAGACUCUGGGAACUUUAGCUUUAAGAAUAUGCUGGAUGCCCGAGUGGAGGGAGAGGUGGAUGUGCCAAAGACAGUCAAGGUCACAGGGACUGCGGGGCUGUCCCGGAGCAGUACCCUGGAGGUCCAGACACUCAGCGUGGCCCCUAAGGCUCUGGAGACCUUGCACCAGGAGAGGAAGCUGGCAGCCGAGCACCCGUUCCUGAAGGAGAUGCAAGAGCGAGGGGAGAACCUGUAUGUGGUCAUGGAGGUGGUGGAGACAGUGCAGGAGGUCACUCUGGAGAGAGCUGGCAAGGCGGAGGGCUGCUUCUCCCUCCCGUUCUUCGCCCCCUUGGGACUUCAGGGAUCCAUAAACCACAAGGAGGCCGUGACCAUCCCCAAGGGCUGCAUCCUGGCCUUUCGAGUGAGACAACUGAUGGUCAAAGGCAACGAUGAGUGGGAUAUUCCACAUAUCUGCAAUGAUAACAUGCAAACCUUCCCUCCCGGAGGCUGCUGGACCGAGGGCACUUGGCUUACCAUGUUCACUGUCUCAACAGGGGAGGAACAUGAGGACUUCAAGACACUAAAAGAAGAAGUUCAAAGAGAGAUCCAAGAAGUAAAGAAGCUAAACCAGGCAGGGCAAAACUCCCUGCUCACCUGCCUCAGCAAACUUCUUGGGAAGAAAAAGGAGCUACAGGACCUGGAACUCACGCUCGAAGGGGCUCUAGACAAAGGACAUGAAGUGACCCUGGAGGCACUCCCAAAAGAUGUCUUGGUAUCGAAGGAGGCUAUGGGUGGCAUCCUCUAUUUCCUCGGAGCCCUAACAGAGCUAAGUGAAGCCCAACAGAAGCUGCUGAUAAAAUCGAUGGAGAAAAAGAUCCUACCCAUGCAGCUUAAGCUGGUGGAGAACACAAUGGAACAGAGUUUCCUACAGGAUAAAGAGGGUGUUUUCCCCCUGCAGCCUGACCUGCUCUCCUCCCUUGGGGAAGAGGAACUGACCCUCACAGAGGCCCUAGUGGGGCUGAGUGGCCUCGAAGUGCAGAGAUCGGGUCCCCAGUACACAUGGGACCCAGACACCCUCCCCCGCCUCUGUGCCCUAUACGCUGGCCUCUCCCUCCUGCAGCUGCUGACCAAGGCCUCCUAACUUGCCUUUUCCACCUGCUUCCUGCCUCCUCAUGCCUUCACGACCUCCCUGUGCUGUGUUCUUCACACCCAGGGGUAUUUUAGAGCCGUCAAGCUGAAGGUGAUGGAAACCCCGGCUGAUUACCCAAGAUAAGUGAUACCUGCUUGUCCAGCUCUACCUCUCCCCCUACCCUUUCAGCUCCACAACCCAUCUGUUGAUGCUUAGAUCCUCCAAAAGUGGAAAAGCUCAAUUUUUUUUGGUUUGUUUUUUGGAAAAAUUCAAAUUUUUAAAACUAUGAACCAUUUCAGCAAAACCAAAAAUAAUUCACUUCUUAUCCCAAUCCUCCUGCUUAUGCUUCCAAAAAUCAAGAUUUACUGGAAUUAAUGGAAAAUAUUAUUUCACUUUGGAUGAAAUGUCUUUUGGUGUUUUUCUUAACUUCUGCCAGGAAAAAAAUAAACACUGUCCUACUACAUAUA